UAAAAUAAAAUAGUAAUGAGUCAGCAAUAUUCCCAGUUUGAGAUUCCAGUAAAAUCAUUGAACAUGAAGACAAAACAAUGAGCACCUAACCCUUACUCCUUACAACCCAUAAAAGUGUCAUGAACUUGAGUGUAAUUGUAAACAACACAUGAAUCUGCAAAGCAAAAGAAGAACUAAAAUGAGCAAUCCACAUAUCCUGGUUAUACCAUAUCCAGCACAAGGCCAUAUAAUUCCUCUACUAGAGCUAUCACAGUGCUUAGCCGAGCAUGGCUUGAGAAUAACAUUUGUAAACACAGAGUACAAUCACAACCGAAUCAUGAAUGCAAUGGCAAUGAAGGAUAAAAUAGGGGAUCAAAUCCAUAUGGUUUCUAUUUCUGAUGGAUUAGAACCGUUGGACAGAAAUAAGCCAGGGAAGUUAUCAGAAGCAGUCUUGAGGGUCCUGCCUGGAAAGCUGGAGGAGCUCAUUGAACAGAUUAAUGGGUCCAAUGGUGAAGAAAUCACAUGUGUCCUUGCUGAUCAGAGCAUUGGAUGGGCCCUAGAAAUUGCAGAGAAGAAGAAAAUACGACGAGCUGCCUUCUGUCCUGCAGCAGCUGCACAAUUGGUCUUAGUAUUUAGCAUCCCAAAUUUGAUUGAAGAUGGAAUUAUCACCGAUGAUGGAACUCCCAUGAAAAAACAGAUAAUUCAUCUCUCACCAGGAAUGCCUGCCAUGAGCCCAGAAAACUUUGUGUGGACCAGCGUUGGCAAUCUGACUAUGCAGAAAUCUAUUUUUGAACUUCUGGUAAGAAAUAACCAGUCUGUGAAGGUGAUUGAGUGGCUGCUAUGCAACUCUACUUAUGAUCUUGAGCCUGCUGCAUUUACCUUGGCUCCAAAUAUUCUACCCAUAGGUCCACUUUUGGCAAACAACAGGCUAGGAGACUCAGGAGGAAACUUCUGGCCGGAGGAUGCAACUUGUUUGAAAUGGCUGAAUCAACAGCCACCACGCUCAGUGAUAUAUGUUGCAUUUGGAAGCUACACAAUUUUUGACCAAACUCAGUUCCAAGAAUUGGCUUUGGGGCUUGAACUCUGCAACAGACCAUUCCUGUGGGUUGUGCGGCCAGAUAUCGCAGAUGGAACAAAUAAUGCAUACCCAAAAGAAUUUCUAGACAGAGUAGCAACUCGUGGGAGGAUGGUGGGUUGGGCACCGCAACAGCAGGUUCUGAGACAUCCAUCAGUUGCUUGCUUCCUCAGCCAUUGUGGUUGGAACUCCGCCAUGGAAGGUGUAAGCAAUGGGAUACCCUUCUUGUGCUGGCCAUACUUUGCUGACCAGUUCCUUAACCGGAGCUAUAUUUGUGAUGUUUGGAAGGUUGGGUUGGGUUUAGACAGAAAUGAAAGUGGCAUCAUAACACAAGGAGAAAUCAAAAGUAAGGUGGAUCAACUUCUAGGCAAUGAAAAAUUAAAAGCAAGCGCAUUGGACCUCAAGAAUAAAGUCAUGGCUAGUAUCACAGAAGGUGGUGGCUCUCAUAAAAAUUUGAAGAAUUUCAUAGAAUGGAUGAAAGCAUAG